AUGCUCUGUACCAUAUGCAGGGAAGCUCUUACGGGCAUCUGGGACCCCUCCCAGACGAAGCGGGUAUGUGGGAUCAAAGAGUUUAAUGAGAAUUUCCCUCAAGAUGACAGCAAGACUCGCAUCCCUCUACCUACUGCGUUCAUUGAUACAAAUCAGCACCCAUCGCAAUACAUGUUCGGUCACCAUUUGACUUUAGAGUCCUACAACCGGUCCGUUGCUCAAGGUUGCGUCUUGUGUUGUAGGUCUGGGCAUGGGAGCCAGGACAUUGAUCAGACCAUUCUGGGAUACUUCUCCUUGUUUAAUAUCGACCUCGGGAAAACCAAUCCUAUCAUGGGCAUAUUCAAGUCUAGGGUAUACACAGGUGGCCUAUCUUUGACAGUGUUCAAUGCCUCAACCCAAGACUUCAAUCUCGAAGUCAGUCCAUCAACUGGGGAUGCGUCGACAUUAGCCCUCGUCCAGAGAUGGGUGGAUACUUGUGUUCAAUCUCAUCAACAAUGCAGCCAGACGACUCCUUUCAUACCACAAUAUCUUCUCCAGUUGGAUGAUACCAAUGGAUUAUUUCACCUUGCGUCGGCCGACCAAAUCGAUCCUCAAACCCGAGCUAGUGUGCGCUACUGUACGCUCAGUCACUGUCACAGGUUCGAAGAGAACAGUCUGCAUCUCACCACGUCUACACUAGAGACUCUCUCUCGGCCUCAAAGUCUUUCAACUCUUCCAUUGAUUUACAGGGAUGCCUUUACUGUGGUUGCUCGUUUAGGUCUUCGCCAUCUAUGGGUCGACCACCUCUGUAUUCCUCAGGACAGGCUGCAGUCGCAUUCUCACGAAGAGGUGGAGAAUGUUUUCUCAAAUAGCUUCUGUGGAAUUGGUGCCAUGGGAUCAGCUGUGCCUUCCUCCGGACUAUUCGUCAAGCGCAAAGCAGAGCUCGUUGUGCCUACCAUAUUAGAGCUCCAACUUGACGCGGACGGGACCAAAGGCUUGGGGUUGCGAGAACGUCUCUUGACACCGAGGAUGGUCCAUUUUGCAAGCUCGCUUGUAUACUGGAAGUGCCAUGGUGCCCGAUGCAGUGAAAUAUCACCUGAGAACAUGGUGCUCCUACUCAAGUCGUAUCAAGGUUUAGUACAAGGGAGCAACAAAGAUGCCGACUUGGUGCUACCACAACCAGCUUGGAAACCAAUUGUCAUGGUCCUGCCACUGUACUACGCAAGAGUCGACCCUCAAGCAUAUAUUCUGGAUCGUUGGUUUAACCUUUUGCGCACGUCCACUCAAUGUACUGCGACAGCACCAGAGCAGAGGCUGAAUUGUGUCGACAGUGCUGUCGUAGGUACAAAGGCUCAACUUCGGGAACAUGGAUGUGAUGAUACAUAUCUUGCGGGGAUGUGGAAGGCCACAUUGCCUAAGGCUCUUGUCUGGACUGUGGAGGGCGUUGCAGAUCGACGACCGACCGAGUUUCAAGGUCCUUCGUGGAGUUGGGCUGCCGUCCACGGUGUCAUUCGAUAUGACAACCGGAAAAUGGAGGGGAUUGUGAACGGCGGCCUCUGUGAGCUUAUUGAUGCCAACUGCACUUCAAAUGAGAUUAAUUCAGUUAUCUCUGGUAGACUCACUCUGAAGGGGAAGUUACUGACUGGGAAGCUGGCCUAUGACGAUUACAACGAUUACGGCCUGCCUCAAUAUGUUCUCACAGCUAGAUAUGGCACCCAGAUGAACGUCUUGGAGCUAAAAGACGGUAACUCAGGCGGCUGUCUUGUCAAGGCACCGGAGGACGCCGGUCACCUGUACGAGUGGUAUAUUCGCUUUGAUACCGAAGAGGAUAUGAAGAAGCAGGCUCAGACUGUUUUGCUCCCAAUCUGUUUGACUCCGACCUUGAACCAGACCCGCGAAGUCUACAUGUAUGGGAUGGCUCUUUUCAAGCUUGAAAGUGGAGUCUACACACGUUGUGGGAUGUGGCAAGUUCUGAUGCCGUCUGAACAAGACGCAAGGGGACUUCUCCAAGUCUUGCCAGAGUCUGAGAUCACGACCAUGUGA